AUGGAGACGCUCUGCCUGGCUCCUUCACCCUCAUCUCUGCUUCUCACAACACGGCACAAUAAUCAACAGAACCUUAGACACCAAGCAUGCACCAUUACUGCUGUGUUCACAAACCCAGCAGAAGUGAUUUCCCUCAAACCUUCAACACCACUCAACCCUUUCGAAAAGGCACCGCACAAACCCUUCCACCAAACUCAGCCGUUGAAGAAAGUCUCCGCGGAGUCGUUGAAGUACGAGAGCGGCUUUCUUGGUGCGGUGCCUGAUAAGUCUGGCGGAGAUAAUGGAAGAGAAGGAAACAAUAACAUUCAUGAUGCCAUGAGAUACUUGACAAAGAUUUUGACGUCUAAUGUUUAUGAUGUUUCCAUUGAGUCGCCAUUGGACUAUGCUCCAAAGCUCUCUGAGAAGCUCCAUGCUAAUCUUUGGCUCAAGAGAGAGGACCUACAACCUGUCUUCUCCUUUAAAAUCCGAGGAGCUUACAAUAUGAUGGCUAAGCUUUCAAGACAGCAAUUAGCCAGGGGUGUCAUUUGUUCAUCAGCAGGGAAUCAUGCUCAAGGAGUUGCACUAUCAGCACAAAAACUUGGUUGCAGUGCUGUGAUAGUCAUGCCUCUUACAACUCCUAAAAUCAAAUGGAAAACAGUGGAGAAGUUAGGGGCAACGGUUGUGCUUAUAGGUGAAUCGUAUGACGAAGCCGAAGCGUAUGCACAACAAAGGGCCAAAGAUGAAGGCUUAAUAUUUGUGCAUCCUUUUGAUCACCCGGAUGUCAUAGCAGGCCAAGGAACCAUAGGAAUGGAGAUCAUGCGUCAAAUUCAAGAUCCAUUGCAUGCAAUCUUUGUGCCUGUUGGUGGUGGUGGACUCAUAGCUGGUAUUGCUGCCUACGUGAGGAGAGUUCACCCAAAGGUGAAGAUUAUUGGUGUAGAGGCAUAUGAUGCAAAUGCAAUGGCACUAUCCAUACACCAUGGGAAGAGAAUUAUGUUAGAAAGGGCAGGAGGAUUUGCAGAUGGCAUAGCAGUAAAAAAAGUCGGGGAAGAAACUUUCCGUUUAUGCAGAGAACUCAUCGAUGGAGUUGUCCUCGUCGAUCAUGAUGCCAUUUGUGCAUCAAUUAAAGAUAUGUUUGAGGAAAAUCGGAGCAUACUUGAACCAGCGGGAGCUGUAGCCAUUGCUGGGGCAGAAACAUAUUGCAAACAUUAUGGGCUGAAGGGUGAAAAUGUCGUGGCUAUAACCAGUGGAGCUAACAUGAACUUUGACAGACUAGGGUUUGUAUCCCAACUUGCUGUUGGUAGGAGAUGUGAAUAA